AUGACAAUCAAGUUCGUGGCCGUCCUCUCCGUCGUUCUUGUGCUCGCGCCAGGUGCUCGCUCCGACCUGCUGGAUUAUGGCAACGACGAGGAAGAUCUCCACGACGCGCACGGCAGCCAGCGGCUGGCGCCCAAGACGCACCAGGCGGACGCCACGCGCAUCCUCAACAACCUCCUGAGGGAGUACGACAAGACGCUGCGGCCGGACAUCGGAGAGAGGCCGACAGUCAUCGACGUGGGGAUUUACGUCAACAGCAUCGGCCCGGUAUCGUCCAUCGACAUGGAGUACCAGAUCGACAUCAUCUUCGCCCAGAGCUGGGUGGACACCCGGCUGCGCUACAACAGCAGCAGCAUGAGGAUCCUGACGCUCAACAGCAACAUGGUGGGCCUCAUCUGGCUCCCUGACACCAUCUUCAGGAACUCCAAGAACGCCGACUCUCAUUGGAUCACCACGCCCAAUCAGCUGCUGCGGAUCUGGAACAACGGGAAGAUCCUCUACACCCUCAGGAUGACCAUCAACGCCGAGUGCCAGCUGCAGCUGCACAACUUCCCCAUGGACGAGCACUCCUGCCCGCUCGUCUUCUCCAGCUACGGCUACCCGAGAGACGAGAUCGUCUACAAGUGGAGGCGGAGCUCGGUGGAGACGUCGGACCAGAAGUACUGGCGGCUGUACCAGUUCGACUUCAUGGGCCUGAGGAACACCACCGACCUGCUGAGCACCACGGCCGGUGACUACGUCCUGAUGACGGUGUUCUUCGACCUGAGCCGGCGGAUGGGCUACUUCACCAUCCAGACCUACAUCCCCUGCAUCCUGACCGUGGUGCUGUCCUGGGUCUCCUUCUGGAUCAAGAGCGACGCCACGCCGGCCCGCACGGCGCUAGGCAUCACCACGGUGCUGACCAUGACCACCCUGAGCACGGUGGCCCGGACCUCGCUGCCCCGGGUGUCGUACGUCACGGCCAUGGACCUGUUCGUCACCGUCUGCUUCCUGUUUGUCUUUGCCGCCAUGAUGGAGUACGCCAUGCUCAACUACUACUCCUACUGCCACGCCCCCACCACCACCACCACCACCACCACCGCCGCCUCCUCCUCCUCCUCGCUCUGGCUCCACCCCUCCGACCCGGACCCCGCCCCCUCCUGGCCGGGGGGCGGGGCCUUGGCGGCCUGCCUGGACGGGAAGGACUGCGCGUCGUUCUUCUGCUGCCACCGGGAGUGCCGUGGUGGCGGCUGGCGGCGCGGCCGCGUCCACCUGGACUUCGGCGAGUUGGACGCCUACGCCCGCGUCUUCUUCCCCACCUCCUUCCUGCUCUUCAACAUCGUGUACUGGGUGGGCUACCUCUACCUCUGA